AUGCUGGGCCAACUCGUGGGAUCCGUCAUGCUUCUGGUCGCGACUGCGAUCUUUCUCUACUACACCGCGUGGACCCUGUUGAUGCCCUUCGUCGACCCCGGCCACCCGCUCCACGACAUCUUCCCGCCUCGUGUUUGGGCCAUCCGCAUCCCCGUCAUCCUCACACUCUUGGCUUCUGCUGUGGUAGGCACCUUUAUCGGAAUUGUCAUGAUCAAUAGCAACAAGAAGAAGGCAGCCAAGGCUAAGGCCGCGGCCAAUAAGAAGAAGACCUAA